UAGCUGUGAAAUGGGCUGAGGGCAUUUCUGGCACCACCCACAAGAGUGAGCUCUGCUGAGGUUCUGAAAGCCCCCAUACACUGAAAAGAGCCCCUCAGGGCAGGGGUAGGACUCCCAUUCUAGACCCCAUGACUGGCUAUGGGCUUAUCUCUGACAUCAGUUGGGCGGCUGCACAACUGCUCCACCCCCUGCCCUGUCCUGCCCUGCCCAGGACCCUACCCGCUGGCUGCUGGGCCUUGGAAUCCAGUUCCCUGCCCCUUGACAGCCUAUAAAGCCACCCCGCCGAGCCUGGCCCCUCCCAACACCAGCCCUGCCAUGGCCGAACUGCAGGAGAUAGACCCUCCCGGGGACCCUGCGAUGUGCAGUGGGCGCUUCACCAUUAGCACGUUUCUGGGGGGCGAGGAGCCCCCACCCCCUGCCUGUGACAGCAGCCAUGCCAGCCACCUGACCCAGGGCAGCAGCACCCUCUACAUGCGCACCUUUGGGUACAACACUAUCGAUGUGGUGCCUGCCUAUGAGCACUAUGCCAACAGUGCGCUGCCCGGGGAGCCCCGGAAGAUGCGGCCCACGCUGGCCGACCUACACUCCUUCCUCAAGCAGGAAAGCAGCCACCUGCAUGGCUCAGCCUUUGACAGACGGCCCAGCCGUGACAUGACAGAUGGGCUGGUGGAAGAUGAAGCUGGCGCGGCCAGUGAAAAGAGCCCUGGGGAGCCCGUGCGCUUCGGCUGGGUGAAGGGUGUGAUGAUCCGCUGUAUGCUCAACAUCUGGGGUGUGAUCCUGUACCUGCGCCUUCCCUGGAUCACAGCACAGGCAGGCAUCAUCCUGACGUGGAUCAUCAUUCUGCUGUCCGUCAUGGUGACCUCGAUCACAGGCCUGUCCAUCUCAGCCAUCUCCACCAACGGCAAGGUCAAGUCCGGUGGCACCUACUUCCUCAUCUCCCGGAGUCUGGGCCCCGAGCUAGGCGGUUCCAUCGGCCUCAUCUUCGCCUUUGCCAAUGCUGUAGGGGUGGCUAUGCACACGGUGGGCUUUGCCGAGACCGUGCGGGACCUGAUCCAGGAAUAUGGCAACCCUAUUGUGGACCCCACCAACGAUAUCCGCAUCAUCGGCGUGGUCACCGUCACUGUGCUGCUGGCCAUCUCCCUGGCUGGCAUGGAGUGGGAGUCUAAGGCCCAGGUUCUCUUCUUCCUCGUCAUCAUGGUUUCCUUUGCUAACUACUUGGUGGGGACACUGAUCCCCCCUUCUGAAGACAAGGCUUCCAAAGGCUUCUUCAGCUACCGGGCGGACAUUUUUGUCCAGAACUUGGUGCCUGAUUGGCGGGGCGCAGAUGGCAGCUUCUUUGGGAUGUUUUCCAUCUUCUUCCCCUCUGCCACGGGGAUCCUGGCAGGGGCCAACAUCUCCGGGGACCUCAGGGACCCUGCUGUGGCCAUUCCCAAGGGGACCCUCAUGGCCAUCUUCUGGACCACCAUCUCCUACCUGGCCAUAUCAGCCACCAUCGGCUCCUGUGUGGUUCGUGAUGCUUCUGGGGUCCUGAAUGACACGGUGACCCCUGGAAUGGGGCCCUGCGAGGGGCUGGGUUGUGGCUAUGGCUGGAACUUCACCGAGUGUGCGCAGGAGCAUAACUGCCGAUAUGGCCUCAUCAAUUACUACCAGACCAUGAGCAUGGUGUCUGGCUUUGCCCCCCUGAUCACAGCCGGCAUCUUUGGGGCCACCCUCUCCUCUGCCCUGGCCUGCCUGGUCUCUGCUGCCAAAGUUUUUCAGUGUCUGUGUGAGGACCAGCUCUACCCCCUGAUCGGCUUCUUCGGCAAAGGCUAUGGCAAGAACAAGGAGCCGGUGCGUGGCUACCUGCUGGCCUAUGCCAUAGCGGUGGCCUUCAUCAUCAUCGCCGAGCUCAACACCAUCGCUCCAAUCAUUUCCAACUUCUUUCUGUGCUCCUACGCCCUCAUAAACUUCAGCUGCUUCCAUGCCUCCAUCACCAACUCUCCAGGGUGGAGACCUUCAUUCCGCUACUACAGCAAGUGGGCAGCGCUGUUCGGGGCAGCCAUCUCCGUGGUCAUCAUGUUCCUGCUUACCUGGUGGGCCGCCCUCAUCGCCAUUGGCAUUGUGCUCUUCCUCUUGCUCUAUGUCAUCUACAAGAAGCCAGAGGUGAACUGGGGAUCAUCUGUACAGGCUGGUUCCUACAACCUCGCCCUCAACUACUCCGUGGGUCUCAACGAGGUGGAAGAUCACAUCAAAAACUAUCGUCCCCAGUGCCUGGUGCUCACUGGGCCCCCCAACUUCCGGCCAGCCUUGGUGGACUUUGUGGGCACCUUCACGAGGAACCUCAGCCUGAUGAUCUGUGGCCACGUGCUCAUCGGACCCCGCAAACAGAGGAUGCCUGAACUUCGGCUCAUUGCCAAUGGCCACACCAAGUGGCUGAACAAGAGGAAGAUCAAGGCCUUCUACUCAGACAUCAUCGCCGAGGACCUCCGUAGCGGGGUCCAGGUCCUCAUGCAGGCCUCAGGCCUGGGAAGAAUGAAGCCUAACAUUCUGGUGUUGGGGUUCAAGAAGGACUGGCAGUCAGCCCACCCUGCCACAGUGGAGGAUUACAUCGGCAUCCUGCAUGAUGCCUUUGAUUUCAACUACGGUGUGUGUGUCCUGAGGAUGCGGGAAGGACUCAAUAUCUCUGAGGUGAUGCAGGCACACAUCAACCCCGUGUUUGACCCAGCAGAGGAGCGGAAGGAUGCCAGCGCCAGCAGGGCCAGACCCUCGAUCUCUGGCACAUUGGACCCUGAGGCCCUGGUACGGGAAGAGCAGGCCAGCACCAUCUUUCAGGCUGAGCAGGGCAAGAAGACCAUCGACGUCUACUGGCUGUUUGAUGACGGAGGCCUCACCCUCCUUAUCCCCUACCUCCUCCGCCGAAAGAAGAGAUGGAGCAAAUGCAAGAUCCGUGUGUUUGUGGGGGGCCAGAUCAACAGGAUGGAUCAGGAGAGAAAGGCCCUCAUUUCUCUCCUGAGCAAGUUCCGACUGGGGUUCCAUGAAGUUCAUGUCCUUCCUGACAUCAACCAGAAGCCCCGGGCAGAGCACACCAAGAAGUUUGAGGACAUGAUCGCGCCUUUCCGCCUGAAUGACGGCUUCAAGGAUGAGGCCACGGUGGCUGAGCUUCGACGAGACUGUCCCUGGAAGAUUUCAGAUGAGGAGAUCAACAAGAACCGUGUCAAGUCCCUGCGGCAGGUGAGGCUGAAUGAGAUUCUGCUGGAUAACUCACAAGACGCUGCCCUCGUUGUCAUUACCCUGCCCAUCGGGAGGAAGGGGAAGUGCCCCAGCUCUCUCUACAUGGCCUGGCUGGAGACACUGUCCCAGGAACUCAAACCUCCAGUCAUCUUGAUCCGUGGAAACCAGGAAAACGUGCUCACCUUUUAUUGCCAAUAAUUCCAGGCAGGACUGCGCAAGUCCAGAGGGCGUGAGGACAGGAUCAUGCAUGUUUGUGCGUGUACUAUUAUGUCUGAGGAGUCAAUGAAAGGACUGAGGCACUUCCACUUCCCCAGACUGAACUUCACAUCCCUUGGACAUGUCCCCUGAGUCUUGUUUUAACUGGGGUCAGAGAUGCAACUGGUGGUGUAUGGAGAAUGCACGUCAGAUCCAAUAUUUCUUUUGCAUUUUCUCAUGUAUUCAUUGAGUGACUUUCUUUGAUUUUUGCUCACAUUUGGGUCAAGAUCUGAGAGUGGGACUUAAUGUAUCUAAUCUCAGCA